AUGAGCGUCCUUAAUUUGGAGGCACUUGAAGUAACCUCCAACACGGCAGGGCUCGCCAGUGCCAGAAAAGUCAAUACUUUGAGACUUCUGAAACUCAUCCCUCCUCCACCACCGCAUAGGUGCUGCAUCUGCCACUGGUGGAUUCACUUGACGUUGAAAUAUCACGCCUGGGGCAAAAGUUUUAAGGAGGCUAAAAACUACAAAUAUGUCGAGAUGGUGGUUCACUUUGAUUUUGGAAAACUCAUCAGCGACGACAACAACAACAACAUCAACUACAACAACAUCAACAAUAACAUCAACAUCAACAGCAACAAUAAAAACAACAUCAACUUCAACAACAACAUCAUCACGCACAAAAACCUUUUGAAGAAGAAAAACAACAACACCAUCAACAACAACAUCAAUAACAUCAACAAUUUCAACAACAACCUACAAAGUUAUGAUGAUGCCUUGUUUCAUGUGGACACGGUGGUCACUCCGGAUAGUGAUGAUGAUGAUAGUGACGAGAUGAAACAUCAUUCGUUCGUCGAAGGUGGCAGCAGUCCAUCAAGCAGCAAACUGCGAACUUCUGCCAACCACGAGAACAAAUUUUAUGCUGCAGCAAGCUUUCCGUUCAAUCAUAACAUUCCGACCGUCUCAUCAAUUACAUUCAUAUCUCCAAUACCUUCUUUAGCCGGGUUUAUAAUGGCCAACAAACAUGAAAACACACUGGCUAACAAUCACACUUGGCCACAAACAAAAAUAAUAAGAUCUUAA